GACAUUCCAGCUUACACUUAAUAAUUAAUGUGAUAAUAAAGAUGCUGACAUUAUUGAUACUUUUAAUUAACAUACACAGACCACUUGGUACAUCUUGAGGUUAAAUCCCUGGCAUUUGACACUUUGAAGUUACAACUGGAAUCUCACUAGGAGGCACACUCUAAUCUUUUCUUAAUCAGAUACAUGUCAUAAACAAUCACAGUUGGUGAAGAAAUGCAGAUUAUGAUACCAGAUCUUAUAGAAAAUAAUUACACAACAAUUAGUACAUUAUCUAAAGGUCAGUGAGGCCAGACUCCUCCCAUUGUUGAUUGAUGUACCCUAUCUGUGUGUGAAGCCAUAUGCAUGGUCUUUGUAUAAUCACUUUCUUGGUUCAUAGCAGGCUUGACUAGUUGAUAUAGUUUUACAGUGCUAUUAUUUAAUUUAUUUCAAUUUAAACAACUACUUAUAACUUGGAUUACUUUAUUCACUCGUGACAUAAUGUCUGGCAGAGGAAAAGGUGUUCGCACAAGAAGGAAUAGAGUUACUUCAUAUGCAAAUUCAGCUAUUUCUGAUAGACAAUGGGAUUUAAACAAUCCAUCCAACUGGACUUCACAAAAAUUUCGAGAAGAAUUGGACAAAAAAGGCAUACAAACUCCAAGUUCUUUACCCAAAUCGGUAUUAAAACAACUAUAUAUCGAAAAUUCUAACACAAGUGGGAUUACUACACCACAAAUUCAACAAAACAGGACUAUUUCUGACAAUGAUACAUCCAAUCUGUUGAGUACAGAACCUGAAGUAGCUGUAACAGACAGUGGGACAAAUGUACAACCCUUAGCCUCUUUGGACAUAAACAAUAUUCCUGUUCCCAAUACUUCCUUGGCAGAACAGGACACAAUGAGUGUAAACCAUCAAGUAACAAGCAACAAUACAGGUGGAAUUACCAAUGACAUUCCAAUGCAGAACUCUAAUUUCAACAGUAUGGCUACAAUGUCUACCAUGCUGGCACAUUGUUUCAGUGGCUUUCAACAAAGUUUGAAUCAUUUUAACCAGAAUUUAAACAAAGGGACUAAUACUGACAGCAGUGGAUUCAACCUUCAGCAAUGGUAUAAAGCUCAAAGUUCUACAACUAAUCACAUGGAUCAAGUUCCGAAUAUUCCCAUAUUUCAAACAGGAUUACAACAGGAUUUGAUUUAUCCGUCUCCAACCGUACAGCAGUUAGAUGCCCGAGACUCAUCUACUCAACAUGGAUUUCAAGGAGUGCGUUCAGAUUCUUUUUCAAAUGUGGAUAUCAUUUCUCCUAUUCUUCAAAAACAGAUCAUUGAGGGUAAGGAUAUUAACUUGGCAUCUCUGUUAAUACCAAAAUAUGAAUGCCCCCAAACAAAUAAUAUUUUGGCUAAUGGUAUAGAAUUAAAUGUUUCAGGAAAGCCUGAUCCACGUUUGAACAGAAAGUUGUCUUUGCAGGAAUUUAUUAGGGCUUUUGGAAAAUUUAAAAGGGUUAUGACAACUGUUUUCCCAGAUAGGCGUGCCGAAUUGGACGCAUAUCAAGACGACAUCAUUGAUAUAUGCAACUUUUUUGGAGAUAAAUUUUAUGAUUACCAUAAAAUGUUCUCUGCAAAAGCUGUUAAGAGAAAAGUUUAUUCACCAUCAGCAGAUGGAGAAAGAACAAUGGCAAUUAUGAUGAUGAUUUUUAAAAAGCUUAACAUACCAGUAGCUAGCCACAAAACUAUAGGUCCUGUCAAAUGUUUGGAGUAUCUGGGUAUUAUACUGGACACUGAAAAAAUGGAAGCUCGACUACCAACUAAUAAAGUUGAACUUAUUUAUGGAUCGUUUCCGCAGGCUGGCUCCAAAUGCAGCACUUCAACCUCAUCAGUGCCCACCCAGUUCAGAAGUAAUGUGGUCCUGAACAAAAUAGUUCAUCAACUUUGGGAUAUUGCUAUUGCAAGCAAAACAAGAAGUGCAUAUGAAACUGGAUUUAAACAUUUUGAGAGAUUUACGUUGCUGAACAAUUUUAAAUUUAAUUACCUACCACCUAUUUCAGAAGACAUUUUGAUUUAUUUUACUGCAUAUUGUUUUCAUUUUUUGAAACUACAGUAUUCUACCAUAAAAUUGUAUUUAUGUGGAAUAAGAUACAAAUAUUUAAAAAAUAAUUGUAAGGAUCCCUUAGAAUCUGACAACAACACACCCUUAGAUAGACUCUCCUACAUUUUGAACUCUGUCAAAAAACUUCAAAAACCAAAUAACAAGAAAAGAUUACCUAUCACUUUCGAAAUUUUAGAGAAAAUUAUAUUUCGUCUAAGGCAAGGUGUGUUUACCCCUUUCAUUGAUUUAAUGCUAGAAGCAGUAUGUACUGUAGGUUUUUAUGGCUUUAUGAGAUGUGGAGAAUUUACUGUCUUGAAAGCCAACCAAUUUGACCCAUCUGUUAAUUUAUGUAUUGGAGAUAUUAUUUUGCAUAAAGAUAUGAUAAUUUUGAAAUUGAAACAGUCUAAAACAGACCCUUUCAGGAAAGGUGUAGAUAUUCAACUCCAUAAAGUAAAAAAUCAAAUUUGUCCUUUUAAAAUCUUAGUCAAAUAUUUACAAGUUAGAGAGAGUCUUAAACAAGGUCUCCCAUCUGAUCCACUUUUUAUCUCACAAAAUGCUUUGGCAUUAGAAAGGAAUUAUUUCAUUAAUUGUAUAAAACAAGUACUUAGUAUAUGUGGCUUCAAUCCUGAUCACUAUAAUGGUCAUAGCCUACGCAUAGGAGCUGCCACUACUGCAGGUAAAGCACAUAUUGAAGACCAUUUGGUCAAAACACUAGGACGCUGGUCCUCUGAUAGUUACUGCAGGUAUAUAAGAGUGUCAUCUACUUCAAUUAAAUAUGCACAAGAAUUGUUAGGAAAAUAUUAACAUGAACAUAAUAAUGUUUUUAGAAUGCAGAUCUACACAUUCAUGUACAUAGAUUUUUCCAUUGUUAUUUUUUAUAUAUAUAUUUUUUUUUUCUUUCUCAUGACUUUAUUGAAGGUGAAAAAAUCUUAAUCCUAAA